CCGGCGCCGGCGCCGCUCCGCCGCCGUCUCUUCCGCCUCCACCGCCGGCCGGCGAGCCGCCCCCGGAGCUACCUCUACAAUCGGGCACCAAGUGGGCCGAUUCUCUUCGAUCCGGAAUCCGCCACCGACGCACGCACGAUUAUAUUCUUCCCGACGCUGUCGCUUUCUCUCCCCCACAUCGGCGGCGGCAGAGCGAGCGGAGAAGCCAGGGUCUCUGUUGCAGGCCGGAGGUUGUAAGCAGAUGGGUGUGGUGACAGGGGCCAAGAAGCGGAGGCUGGAUGAGGAAUCCAGCAACCCAGAACUGGCACCUCGAGGAGGAGAAGACCUGAUAAGCCGCCUCCCGAACGAUAUCCUCACCGGCAUCAUCGCCAUCCUCCCUGGCAAGGAUGCCGCCCGCACACAGAUGCUCUCGCGGCGGUGGCGCCCUCUCUGGUGCUCUGCACCUCUCAAUCUCGAGGCCAGGGUCAAUGGCGGUACAAUGGUAAUGGAUGUGAUUACCAUCUACAGCACUCUGCAAACCCACAAGGGCCCUGUCCGUCGAUUCUCCCUCAAUUGGAGCUAUGCCUAUUAUGGUCACUUUCCCGUCGUUGAUUCCAUACUUGGAUCCCACAGGCUCGACAACCUCCAGGAGUUUGAAUUUGAACUGUUCUAUAAUAAUAAUUGCUCUCAAAAUCAUUCAGUUCCACGGUCUGUACUCCGUCUUUCUCAUACUCUCCGAGUUCUCAGCAUUCGGUCAGUGUGUGACAGACUUCAGUUUCCCAUGGAGACUGCUUGCAUGCCCAAUUUCCCACACCUCAAGGAGCUCACCCUAUCCACUGUCAACAUCAUGGAUAGCACUAUCCAUUGUCUUCUUUCACAAUGCCCUGUCUUGGAGAGCUUGGUGCUGGAUGGGAACAGAGGCUGUCGUCGUCUCCGGAUCUGCUCCUUGGGCCUUCGGAGCCUUGGUGUGUCAGAUUCUCAUUUCUCUAUAAAGGGAAAGCUGGAGGAAGUAAUUAUCAAGAAUGCCCCACUCCUAGAAAGGUUUACCCCACGAUAUAUUCAGCAUGAAGGAUUUGUUAUUCGGGUUAUUCAGGCUCCGAAACUGAAAACAUUGGGCUAUCUAAGCGAUACGAUCUCCACACUUGAGCUUGGAACCAUGGUUUUCCAGAAACUGGUGCCUGUUAGUCUGUCCAAUGUGAUGCGUGCUAUGAAGAUUUUAGCCCUUAACACCGCUCCUAAUCUGGAUGUUGUUAUUGACUUCUUAAAAUGCUUUCCGUGCGUGGAGAAACUAUACAUCGUGGGAAUCAAUCAGGGAAACUUCAAGAAUGUACGGCGAUAUAUUUCACUUGAGUGCCUUGAUCUACAUCUCAAGAUGGUGGAAUUUAUUAACUAUCAAGGAGACUUGACAGAUUUGAACUUCAUCAAGUUCUUCGUAUUAAAUGCUCGAGUGCUAGAAUGUAUAAAGUUUGUCUCCCGUCGUGACAAAUGUGAUGCAAAAUGGAUUAAAAAACAACAUCAGAGGCUACAACUUUAUUCCAGAGCUUCACGGGGCGUUACCCUUGAUUUUCAAGCUGAUUAUGGGGCAUGUAGUUUGGUACACAUGAAGCACAUCUGUGAUUUGACUAAAAAUGAUCCCUUUGAUAGAUCAUUUUGUAGAUGUCGUGAUGAGGAAAUAUGAAUUCCUUUGAAGCUGUUUAUUAGUCUUAUGCAUUGGUGCAUGGACAUAUUGAUGUUGCUAGGCGGAAAGGACUACUGUGCUGCUAUGUUGACAACCAAGUGCAAUUUUGAAUUCUGGUAGACCCAAAAUAUGUAUCGUCUUUUGGAUAGUUCACUACGGAUUUAAGUUAUGUCAUUAAUGCACUCUAUUUAUAAAUUGUGUUUGUGUUUUUGUCUCAAA